AUGAGCAAGAUCAGCAACAAACAUUCUAGUGCCUCCGAGGGCGAGAAGGAAGCGAGAGACCUCGAAGCCGGCCCAACAGCGAUCAGCCCAGAGCCAUCCCUCGACGAUGCCAAUAGAGAUCCAAAUCUCAUUAUUUGGAAUGGGCACAAGGAUCCAGAGAAUCCCACAAAUUGGCCAAAAGAUCUGAAAUGGAAGAACACCUGGACUAUUUCACUGUUUGUCUUCAUCUCGCCCGUGUCAUCAUCGAUGAUUGCUCCUGCCAUGAACGACCUCGCCAAGUCCCUGAGGGUUCACACGGAAAUUGAAACGGGCAAUGAGAAUCUACAUACCGGGGAGAAGGUUGAGACACUCGGUUACAAGCUUCUUCAUGCAUUUGAGCGGCCGGUGAAGAUGUUCACAACACAACCCAUUGUCUUCUUUAUGGCCAUCUCCAUGGCGUACCUCUUCGGAAUCACAUAUCUGAUGCGGCGACUGAUAGAUGCAGUGGAGCUUUGCCUUGCUGCAACUGGCGCACUUUGGUACCCCGCGGUUACAAUUGACCUUUUCCCGUACACAUGA